UGUGCAUUUACCAGAAAAGUCUAAACAUCCUCCUCUAACCUUUUCGUCUUUGGCAUUCCCCCUGGAGAAAUAUGAAACCACAUUUGUCAAGUCUCAUGGUCUGAUUUUAGUCACAUGGUUCGCGUCCAUGCGAUUGUAGCUAUACUGAAGGCUGAAAGAGUUUGGGAGGAGAUGCAGAGGAGAAUUUGGAGAGGAGAAUUCCUUAUGAUCAUAUUUUAGCCAUAGAAGACUCAUGUAAGAAGAGGUAAAUGGAAAGCGAAGUGGACUAAAAUGCGUUUUGAAAUCAUGAACGUCGGCAAGGUGAAAUUAUGCGCGUCACUUUGCAUGUGGCUUGGAAUAGUUACCUGGAUUGGAAAUAUGAAGUUGCAUCUUUGGUUCAUAUUUGUCCAACAAUCCUCUGAACGGGACGUUGUAUUUUCCGUUGCAAACGAGCAGGUAAAUAGUUCUAAAAGACACGCGCCGGUGAGCGCAGGAUUGCGCGAUGGGAAAACUUUUAAUAUUCUGGAUAACGCGAUCGAGCACCGGGUCUUCUGGAGCGCGUGGCUGGACGGUCUCUCCACUCGUGUUUUUGGCGUGGAGCACGAGAGGAAGUGGAGAGAGCAGGUUCGGGACGCUCGGGUGGUUGUGCUGGAAGCGGGCUGCGGCAGACCCACAAACCGCCUAGCGACCUUCGCCGACGGGACGAGAGCAUGCGUGCGAUACGGCAUCGACGCGGAUCAAGUGCUGGGCGAAACGCUCUCGUACUAUCUAGCGGAACUGCUUGGGAUUUCCAACCUUCCGCCCUUGGCGCUUUCCAAACUGAACCUGUCCAGUGAGCAGUGGGCAAGUGUGCGAGGAAAUAUCGAGGCGUUAGAGUGGUCUCCAAAUGCCAUUGUGUCUCUCACUGAGUUCAUCCCAAAUGUCACUGGAGUGUUUAUUCCAUUGCAUUUGCGGAAACAGCAAGGAGGAGGUCUGCAACUCUCUGCUGAGAAUAUGUCGAACAUGACUGCAACGUAUCUGGUUGAGUUAAUGCAGUGGAGUGAUCUAAUCAUAUUUGAUUAUUUAACAGCCAACUUUGAUCGAAUUGUCAGUCACAUUUUCAGUCUCCAGUGGGACGCGCGCGUGAUGGAGAGGACCACUAAUAACCUUCUCAAAACAAUCAGCGGACAUUUGCUUUUUAUUGAUAACGAGGCAGGGCUUGUUCACGGAUACAGAGUGCUUGACCUGUGGGAACGAUAUCACAGACUACUGCUGAGUUCGUCGUGUAUAUUUCGCAGAAGUACAGUCCGGCGUUUAUCUGAGUUGCAGCGCUCCGGAAACAGCGCGAAGCUGCUGUGUGAACUGUACCGCGCGAGGGAACCGUUGGCGCGUGAACUGGGCUCUCUGUCUGAAGAGCACGCGCUUACGUUGCAGAGCAGGAUUGAUGUGGUUUACAAACACAUUAAGCAGUGCACAGAAAUCAUGUAGACAUUUGCGAGCUCAGGUGUUUCUAUUUGUAGUUGCUAUAAAUACGUUGCUGUCUGUACUGUUAGUGUCAUUCCAAUGUGAACUUAUAAUGCUUAGUAGAAUUUAUGAAUAACGUGGCAGAAUAGGGAUAUUAACAAAAGGCUGCUAUUGUUUAGUCCAUGGGUUGAAACAUUCCUCCUCUCCUGCUGAAAAAAAGAUCAUAAACCAGCUUAAGCGAAUGUACUGGUUUCCCAGGCUGCACUUUUGGCUGGUUUUAGAAGAAUUUGGGACACUUUUUGGGUCGUACUGGGAGAUCAGUUUGGGCAGGCAGCAAGCUGGUUUAGGAUGUUUUGUUUUCAUGAGGGUCCAAAUAAAUAAUCGAUAAUAAAGAGUAAAUGGAUCUUACAGUCUAACACGUCUCAUAUUUUCAUGUGGAUGUUUCGUAUCUUUUAUGCUAU